AUGAGCACUGCAGUAGCAUCAAAAACAGUCGGUGCAGGUGUAGCUCAUCAACGUGGUGAUCAAGCAUCCAGAUCAAUAGAAAAUCGAAAAUCUCGUUUAGCACCAUUAUGGCCAGAAUGGAAUGAGACUGAUGUCAAUGCUGAAUCAUGGGAUAUUGGAAGUGGAAAAAAGAAAGAAGCUGGUGCGGGUAAAGCUCGUAUUGAUAUCAAAUCAGCUAGUUCGGCCGGUACACAUGGUUUUGAAGACCCUGAAGGCAAAGUUGAGCUUCCACCAACACUUAAAGUUGACCAAUGGAAAAGACCAGUUGAUUUUUUGCCACCAGAUAAACUACCAGUAAUUGUUGAUCCUGAUCUUGGCAUGCAAAAUUUUGAUUUAGUCACAUCAAAUGAACAUUUACAUUACAGUGAAACAAUGCGCAACAUUAUUGGUCAAAUUACAGCAUUGUGGGAUAUUUGUCGACAGGAUCGAAAAAAUUCUAGUGCAUCAUCUGAAUAUAUGACAGAAUCCAAUCUAGCCGUUCUCAAUGGACGAACAUGGCGUCCUUGGGAACACAUAUAUGCAUUGAAUAAAGUCUCGAGACAACCUUUUAUCUCACCAUACAAUCCUGCUGGAAAAUAUGUCGUUCGACUCUUCUUUUUGGGUACUUGGCGAAAACUUGUUGUAGAUGAUAUGAUUCCAUUUGAUUCUAAAAAUCGAUGUCUUCUACCACAAACAGCAUUGCCAUAUGAACUUUGGCCUAUGAUUUUGACCAAAGCUUUAUUAAAAAUCAUUGCGCUCGAUUUCCGUUCGUCAAAUGCAUAUAAUGAAUACAAUGAAACAAGUAUUAUUCAUGCACUUACUAGUUGGCUACCAGAGCCGAUUCCACUCAAAUAUACUCAUGCUACAAAAGUAUGGGAAUUCUUGCGUUAUGAUCGUUCCAAUAGACUUGUAAUUGAAAAUGAUGGCGGAACAAAUAAAACGGAACAACAAUCACCAAGUCCAUUGCCAACAUUUGGUCCUGUACCAUUAUUUAAAUGGCCUGACACAAAAGGUGAUUCACAUGAAGAAUCAACAUCAAUUACUGAUCCAUCGGGUCAUCAAGAUGAUACUGUAACAGAAACGAUGACUAAAAAAUCUGAUGAUAAAAGUGCAAGAAAAGGAGGAGCACCAUCCAGUUUAGCAGUACCUAAAGAUUCGGGUACAAAAUCAGCAACGGGAAAAGAAACGCGAGCAGGUGGUGGCCAAAAUGUUGUUACAGGUAAAGAUGUUAAAAAACAAGGUGGAGUCGCCAGAGGAGGAACACUAGAAGAUUCAGGAGCUCUUGGUGACGAUCAAACAAUACCUGAAGCACCGAAAAUAAUUGUAUUUGCUACUAUACCUCAUUUACAACGAACACGCAUGAGUUCUUACGGUGAAACAGCAGAUAGAAGUGAACGAUUAAGACGCUAUAAUUUAAAUGAUACAUUUUCAACGUCAAUGUUGCUUACAUCUAUUCGAGAUCUGCCAUUAGAACCACCGCCAACGCCUGAAUAUGUACCUGCAUGGAAACGUAUUCGACCAAAAAAACCAAAACUAUUACCACAUGCCGAACCGGUUGUACCACAAGAGCCGAAACCUGAUCGUUGGAUUGAAAUAGCUUCUCCUUAUAUUAACUACCCAAGUGCCAGUGCUCUCAAUAUGAAUGUCAAUACACCGGCUCACGGUGGAGCAUCGCGUUUAAGCCAUUCAGCAACACAUUCAACAGCAGCUGAUGUACCUGAAAUAAUCGAAGUAGACGAAGAAGGAGAUAUUGAAAAUGGUGAAUCAAAGCCUGAAAUAGAUAUUGAACAUGUUCAAGGUGAUGCAACUCCGAAUUUACUUAAAAAACAUGAAGCAGCAUCACCUAAUAAAGAGCUAAAUUCUAUUGCAACACCAGACGCACUCGAUGAAUAUGGACGUGCUGGUACAGCAAGUAGACUAAAACGUGAAAAAUCAGAUGAUAAAAGCAAAGGAAAUAGAAAAUUAGCUGGUAGUAAAUUGGAUAUAGCUGGCACAAAAGCACCAUCAGAUGCUGUUUCUGUUAAAAGCAAAGUAGGUGAAAGUGAACAAAAUUUAACGCCAAUGGAUAUUCAUGCAACUGGAAAUAAUACAGAACAUCAAGAUUCUCAAUCGAAAACAAAUGAAAUUAAUUCGAUUCCAAAUAUAAUUCAACCAAUGAAGAAAUCUUAUGUAACACCAAAAAUAUGGAUGGAUUUCGAUGAUUUCUGUUCAUGUUUUACGUCGAUUGUUGUUUAUCAUAAUCCUCGUGGUUAUCAAUAUAUACAUAAGAAUACCGAAGUUAAGCCAAUCGUUGCUUCCGCAACAAAAGAAAAGAAAAAGGAGGUGAAUCCACCGGCAUCUCAACAACUACCAAUUUUACAAGAUGACAAAUCACCAUUAUAUUUAUUUGUUGACAGCCCACGAGAUAGAUUAGAUAAAAAUAUUGAAUUAAUUGUUAGCUUAACAUCUCUAUCGCGAUGGAUUGAUACGGGUUCAAAUGAAGGUACAAGUCCGUCUGGUUUAGCAAUGCCAACAACAAUCGAGAAAGCUGGCCGAGGUACAGGUAUAUCAGCCGAUAAAGCAUCUGCAGAAGUUAGCCCAGCAAGAGGUAUAGGAAGUAGACGACGAACAAGUACUAUUGAAACACUUCCACAAACACCUGCGCCACAUAUCAGUCUGCACGAUGGAAGUGUUGCUGAAAUGGCACAAAAGGAAGUAAUUCUACAACCAAGUUCACUCAUUGCCGAAGUCUAUUCUUGGAAAUCACUUUCAAUGGGCCAGCCUAUUCUUCGUCUUCAUACUACAACUACUAAAGCUGCUUUGCUUACACUACCACCAGGACGACAUGUAUUAAAAUUUAUCGUUGUAUGUCCACUAGCUUCUCAUCUUCAAAUCAUGUCUGAUACCAAUGAUUUUACAUUUGGUGAUGAAGAUCAAUUAUUAUCGAAAAUUGUUUCAGUACCAGAAGACGCUGAAUUUACAGCAAGAGCUGAGGAAUUAUUUCUUGCACUUGAUGAUGGUGUACAAAAUUUUAAUAAUAUGGAUCAACAGGAUAUAAAACUCACUGAAUUAUUUCGUCUUUAUUGUGAAUAUGCAUCGCCCUUAGCGAAUCUCACACUUCUAACAUGUUGGAAUGGAUUUAAUCAAGCGCUUUACUCCACUCUACGUACAAUAUGCAAUGGAUCUGGACAACCACUCAAUGCGGAUGCUCAAUUUGCUUGGAGAUGUUUUACAAAUGAUCUGUCAACGCCUGAUAUUAUGGGCGUGUAUGAUGCAAGACGGCCCAGUACUUCAGGUGCAAGUCGUAAUUCAGCUCGAGCUGGUAAUGCGCCAGGUGGAGGUGGAACUGCAGCUGCAACAACAGCAACCGCUACCGCUGGUAAAAAAGGUGCUGGAGGAAAAGAUAAAAAUGUUGAUGAUAAAGCUGCCAGUAAACAACAAUCACAAUUAAAUGCUUCAUUGUCUACAGCAGAACUACAAGAAGAAGCAUUACCUGAUUGGCUCAAUCGUGACAUAACGGUAGCUGAAGUCGAGUCCAUUGUUAAUAUACAAAAGGUUGCUCGAGGUUUUCUACAACGACGCUUAUUACUUGCUCGUACACCUGGAACAGAAAAAAAUUUACUUACUCAACGAACAUUACAAUCAAUAAUGACAAUACUCAAAACUGAUGUUCCAAAGUCGUCCAUAAUAUUAUUUAGAAAUUUAAUGGUAAGUAAACCACAAUUAAUACAAUGUUUUCAAUUUCGUAAUGACGAUUGGAAUAUGGUCACAUAUCGAGAUUAUCAUGGGCAAUAUCAAGAACAACAAGCAAAUUCUUGGUUCACUGUAUUUCGGGAAAUUUUUUAUGUCGUUGAAGAAGGUUUUCUUUCUGGUAAACUUCUUGCUCAUGCACAAAAUUCGCUUUUACGUGUUAUUAAUAAUGAUACAUAUGAGGAAAUGACACUUAUUUUCAAUCGACUAGCACCAACGAUAUUUACGAAAAAUAAAUUUGGUUACACAUUUUUUGCUGAAGGAAUAUCACUUGAUCAAUCCAUUCCAACUGGUCGUUUUCGUCUUCGUCUGUUGACAUCUUACACGCAUUUGCCUGAGCCACGCGUUGAACAAAUAACAUCAUCAUUCAUAACUAAGGAAAUAAAAGAUUAUUAUGUUCCAAAUAAACAAACUGUAAUAUGCAGAUAUCGUGUAACUGUUGCGGAUGAUGUCAAUCAAACUGGUCGUAAUUUUCACUUAGCUAGUGUUCAGUUUAGUACAUCCAAAUCUGAUGUUUUAAUACGUUUGACUGUAUUAAAUAAUAAUGACGAAAUAGCCAGUGUUGAGGGCAAAGGCAGUGUUGUUUUGCCUGCAUUUUUAUUCAUGAGAGAUGUUAUUUACCCAGCUACAUCAACUACAACAAAUCAACCCUUAUCACGACCACCUUCGAAAACAGGAGGAGCAACCAAAAAAGAUAGUAAUAAAAAUGCUGCUGGAAAUACACAACGAGGAAGUGUUGCCGAAGCAUCAACUAUAGGUAGUGGUCGAUCAGACAAAGACAAGAGUGGAAGCGAAAAGAGAAGUAUUCAUAAAUAUGUUAUUCAAGCAACAGUUCUUCGUAAAACAUGGCCAUUGACACCCACUCAAUGGCAAUUCGUUGAACAACUUAAAGAACAAGAAAAAAAUGAAUUGAAAAUAUUUAAUCGACAAUCUACGCCAACUAAAAUGGAUGGAACAGCGGCAGGUGGAGCAGGUGCCGGUAACAAACGAGCAGGUCAAUCAAGCACAGGCGCAACAGCAGCAGCUGGAAAAGGAAAAGGCGCUGUAACUGGUGGUGCCGCUGGUAAAAGUGGUUCUACUACAUCGGCUCGACCGAGUACAGCUAAAGGAAAUUCAGAAAAAACGAUUGAUACGAACAGACCUCAUUGGAUAUUACGUGUAGUAUCUGACGCAGACAAAGCGGAUGAAAUAAUAAUUAAAAAAGAUACUGAACGAAAUGAAGAAUUAAUCAAUAUGAAGAAAGCAUGGGAAACAGUAGAAGCUGGCCGUGCUCAAAAAUCCAUGAAAGCAAGACAAAAGUUUCUUGAAUCUUUACAACCGAAACCCGACGAACGACCAUCAUCGAGUGCAAUAGAUGGCACAACAAAACGACCCGACAGUCGUACUGGCGAAGAAACACUCGAUGCAACUACUACUUCUACGACUGCGCCAGCUACUGACCAACAGCACGCUGCUAAACAAACGUCAACUGCAGCAGCAGCAGCAACAAAGAAAGGUGGCUCGUCAGCAGCAAAUAAAAAAGGCGCUGCUAAAGACGAUGCAUCCAAACAAGCUGAAUCAACAGCAACACCACAAGAACCUUUAAUACCACUGCCCGUAAUCGAUGAGCCUCUUUUAGAUCAACCACCACCAGCGAAACCUAAAGUUAUCUUACCUCCACUUGACAUUAAAUCUUUUAUCAAAAAUAAAAUGCUUGCUGAAGAACCAAUUGUAUUAGAUCCGUUAUUCGAACAAGAAGAUUUACGCCGUCGUCAGGCUGAAUUUAUGGAAUAUGCUAAAUAUACAGACGAAAUUCGUCACACUCGUGAAGAAGAUCAUCAUAAUAGAUAUAAAGAAAAAAUUCGUCAAUUAGAAGAAUAUAUUGAUUUACAAGCGAAGAUUGAUCAAUCUCGUCGUGCUAUUAAUGAACCACGUGAAGCAUUUCGACAACGUUUUCUUGACAUUGAACGUAAACGUCUUGCAGAAUUAGCUGCUCAAGAGCAAGAAUUAAUUGCAGCAGCAGAAAAAGCUAAGGCUGCCGCACCUCCAGCCAAAGGUAAAGGUUCGGCUGGAAAGAAAGGCAAAAAAUAA